UUGUUGGUUUGGUUGGACUUGAAAAAUUCUUUUGUUGUGGUUGCACUACUUAAAACUUUAGAUGAACCUAUUUAGUAGUUACUUAAGAACGAAGCCAUACAGCCGACGGAUCAAGUAGGCAACGUAGCGCGUCCAGCGUCCAAAGAGCUCGUUCGCUGAUGUGAACAAGCUGGCGGGUUCAUAACAAACAAGCAUUGGAACAUUCUUUUUCCCUACCGUCGUCGCUACCAGCAUGGACGGUCAUAUCAAUAUAGAUCAUCAUCAUCAACCAACGGCAACGGCACAAGAUGCGGCAGAUGGUCGCGGAACGCGGAAACGCUGGCAAAAAAUGCCCACAGACGCUAACAGCUCUCCACAUCCGUCCUAUGGGACAACCGAUUCCAUCCCGCAAGUGACAAUACGUGAUACCAGCAGCCGUGGAAGAGCGGGCACAUCUAGGGGUCCGCCGGGAAAUGUUUCCCGACAGCGGCAACAGCAGCAGGAACAGGAACAGGCAUUAAACGAAGAGGAAGGACUGAAAUAUGGUGCGCAACAUGUGAUAAAACUGUUCGUACCGGUAACCCUCUGCAUGAUGGUCGUUGUGGCCACGAUUAGUUCGAUCAACUUUUACACCAUCAAGGAUGUGUAUCUCGUUUACACACCGUUCCACGAACUAACGGAUGACACAGGCACCAAAAUAUGGAACGCACUAGCGAAUUCGUUGAUCCUUAUGACGGUGAUUGUAAUCAUGACGAUACUACUUAUCGUCCUGUACAAACACCGCUGCUACAAAGUCAUCCACGGUUGGCUGAUUCUGUCGUCCCUGUUGCUGCUGUUUCUGUUUAGUGGCCUUUACCUGUUUGAAAUUUUGCGAGCAUACAAUGUGCCGAUGGAUUGGUUUACGGCGGGACUGCUUGUGUGGAAUUUUGGUGUGGUGGGCAUGAUCUCAAUCCACUGGCAGGGUCCGCUACGGCUGCAGCAGGGCUAUCUAAUUUUUGUCGCCGCCCUGAUGGCGCUGGUAUUUAUCAAGUAUCUUCCAGAAUGGACCACAUGGGCUGUUCUAGCUGUGAUAUCAAUUUGGGAUCUUAUUGCCGUACUUACGCCCAAGGGACCGUUGCGCAUCUUGGUUGAAACGGCACAGGAGCGAAACGAACAGAUCUUCCCUGCUCUCAUCUACUCAUCAACUAUCAUGUAUUCCUACCUCGGCACACACACGGAUUCGGAUGGUCCAGCGCCUUUGUCGGGCGAGCGGACCAUAGGCACGGGUAGUGGCACCGGAGGAGGAAGCCGACAGACAGGUGGAUAUGGAGCAGUCAGUAGCCACGUUCCGCCCCAAACCGGAGCAACCGUAGAAGGUAUGCCUCUGGUUGCCUUUCGCAAUGAUAGAACGCAUGAUUUACCAAGGGAUCAAUCAGCAGGUUUCACUCAAGAUUGGGCGGCAACGGCUAAUCAACGAGUAACGCGGCGACAAAUUGAAGUGCAGGCCAACAUGGCCAACAAUCCGUCCCGGCCCGAGUACCGCACGGUCACAGCAGAGACAGCCCGUACUGGAGCGGAUCAGCCACAUGCAUUGUAUGAGCAAGAAGAAAGAGGCAUUAAACUUGGCCUAGGAGACUUUAUUUUCUACUCCGUGCUGGUGGGCAAGGCGUCGAGUUACGGCGAUUGGAACACGACAAUAGCAUGCUUUGUAGCAAUUCUGGUGGGGCUCUGUCUUACGUUGCUGCUGUUGGCCAUCUUUCGCAAAGCGUUACCGGCGCUGCCGAUCUCCAUAUUCUUCGGGCUUAUCUUCUGCUUCGUGACAAGCGUUAUCGUGAAACCGUUCACGGAAGCACUAACGCUGGAACAGGUGUUUAUUUAGUUAAUGCAGCGGGUGACGUGCUAGUGGGGACGUUUUAGAACGGUUUGGAUGGAUGAUGAACCAGCGUGCAAGCUGUGUUUUCCAGCAUAUCUAGCUGUGUUUAUUUAUAUCAUCAUAUUUUAAUGUGUAAUCAAGCAAGAGAGAAGCACUAAACGCGCUAACGCUCUACUAACAGCAAAAAAAAGCAAAACGAGCAGUCCAAAUAAUGCUUGAACAGUACAGAAAAUGCAGACUUAUGCGUGGCUUACAAUUUAUCAUUGUGCAAUUGUGUAUUCCGUGUAUCACCCAAACACUCACACACACACACAUACACAUACGUAAGUGUUCGAUCGGUAGAUAAAUGUGUAAUAUCUGAAUGUCAGGACAAAAUCCUGCUCUGCCCACGUAUGUGCAGCGGUGACCCCUGCUACCAGGUUCUGGGGAACUUUUUCUCAAAUGCUCGAUUCGGUGUUAGCCAAUGUCCCUGUCGUUGUCCGGUAGGAUGCGUUUUCCUCCCCAAUGUUCCGAGCAUUUAGCGCCAGGAGCGAUACAUUUUGCGUAUGACCUGGGCUAAUCGAAUUGACUGCGUAAAAUUUGUACCAUUUUAAGACCGGAAAUGUAAUCGUUAUGCUAUUUCUUUUCUUUACAUAAUAUACAACCAUAAAAUAA